AUGACUACUGCCCCCUCCUACUUUUCCUCUCCUUCUCUCCCGCACAUACAUUCCAUUUCUUCACCUGCUCGCCUUUCCAAGUCUUGCUCAGCGUCUGACCUCCUUCAGACCAUUUCCGUCCUUACGUGCCGGCCGCUUCAGUCGCCGUCUCCCGACCUUCCAACUUCCCCGCUUCACUGUGGCCGGAGCGGUGUUCUCUCCGGCCCUUCUUUCGCCAGCAUGGCUGAGAGUGCAUUCCCCAGCGCCCAACAACCCCUCCGGGUGGGCACAAAAGACGACAAAGCCGCUGCUUUUCAGAAGAUCUCCGAGGAGGACGAAUACGAGGUGACGUCACCAACCGAUCCCACUUUUCGAUCUGCCAACGCCGCUGCCGCAUCCUCGUCGACCGGCAGCCCCUUCUUUGGUGGUGGUUAUGGCGAUAACAGCGGUCCAAUUCGUUUCAACAGGAGUCCCUUCGACAAUGGGCCCAGAGAGGAGGACGAGGAGGGUGCCGACGAGUUCCCUCCAGAAGACAUCCGCCCCACGGGCGCCGCGAAUCAGGGAUUCCCCAAUAACUACGCGCUGGGCCGCCGGACAUCGGUUUCUGCAGAGUCACUGAACCCGACCUCGGCUGGCUCAGAUAGCUGGACUCCCCCGUAUCAUGAGAAAUCAGAGGAGCAGCUGGCUCGGCUGAAGACCGCGGUCAGCAGCAACUUCCUCUUCUCGCACCUCGAUGAUGACCAGUUCAAGAGUGUGCUCGAUGCCCUGGUGGAGAAGCCUAUCCCCGCCAAGGGUAUCAAGGUCAUCAGCCAGGGUGAUGCUGGAGACUACUUUUACAUCGUAGAGAAUGGCCACUUUGACUUCAUGAUCCACCCGUCGGGCUCUGUGCAACCCGGUCCGGAGGGCAUGGGCAACAAAGUCGGUUCGGUUGGACCUGGAGGCUCGUUUGGAGAGCUGGCUCUCAUGUACAAUGCGCCUCGCGCGGCCACCGUUGUGUCGGUGGACCCGAAGAGCACCCUCUGGGCCUUGGACCGCAUCACUUUCCGCCGGAUCCUCAUGGACUCGGCCUUCCAGCGCCGUCGCAUGUACGAGGCAUUCCUCGAGGAGGUGCCGCUGCUGUCCAGCCUGAAGCCGUAUGAGCGUGCCAAGAUCGCCGAUGCUCUGGACGCCAUCAAGUAUCCUGCUGGCUCUACGAUCAUUAACGAGGGCGAUCCAGGUGAUGCCUUCUACCUUCUCGAAUCCGGGGAGGCGGAGGCCUUCAAGAAUGGUGUGGAGGGCCCUGUGAAGUCCUACAAGCGCGGCGACUACUUUGGUGAGCUAGCCUUGUUGGACGACAAGCCACGGGCCGCAAGCAUCGUGGCCAAGACAGAGGUGAAGGUGGCGAAACUGGGCCGGGAUGGCUUCAAGCGCUUACUCGGCCCUGUGGAAGAUAUCAUGCGACGAGCGGAAUAUGAAUCUAAACCUGUGCCCGCUUGA